AUGCCUUCUUCGGCACCAGCUCUGCUGGCUGAUCUAUUCUCCAAAGCUCGUCUCUCACUCAACCUCCCGUCCUCCUCGGCCUCUACCUCUAGAUCGGUCGUCUUCUUCGAUGAGGUGCUCAAUGUGGAAACCGUUUUGACACUACCAGCAGAUCCGCUUUUCCCCAUCGCUUCCGCAUCGACACAGGCUGUCCCGCUUUUGUACCCUCUUCCGCUGCCCGUGGUGCCAGAUUCGACAACCCUGAGCCACCAGAGUAUCUCGCCAUACCUCACUGCGCUUCUUGCCUGCCUCCAUGUCAACCUUGCCACAGAUUACGUCCCCAUUGAAUCCUCUUCGUCAAUCAACCCCACCGCCAAGUCAGCAAAUCCUUAUGAGCCGCUCUCUACCGUCCCCUCCCGUUUUCAACACUUGCAACUUCUGCCAUCUCACACCCCGCUCGCUGACCCAGCCCAUACACAGCACGCCGCUGUGCGUGCCUUCUCCAACGCCUGGGCCGGCAAUCAGCCACCCAGACCCCAUCGCACACUCAAGGAUUCGGUCGAACAUUCCGCAUCUGCCCCUUCCAAGUCUUCUCACAAUGCUCACCUUACGCACGACGGACAACACUGGAGCGUCCACUGGCACUGUCGCAUCCCGAUCAACUACGUUGCUACGCCCUUCCUACCCUUUCUGUCGAUCACAGCUGCGCUCACGCUCCGUCUGGACCAUGCGCUGCUGGAUCAUUUGAUUCCCACUUCGUCCUCCCGACCUUUCAAUCGCUCCGGAUUCGCGCAUUCGCUUCUCUCUCCUCUGCAUGAAGGUCCGGUCUACCCGGACGAAUCGCCACUUCAGAGUCAGGCACGAGCAAAUGCUUCCUCCGCCUUUGGCCUGGAUGGCCCCAACGGUCUGGGCUCGUACCUUGCGCAUCUCCCCAAGAGUGUCGUAGGUGGCAACAAUGCCAUCGUUACGCCUCGAUCAGGUGCGAGCGCUCUCGACUCCAUACAACAGCGAAGUCACGAUGCCCUCUCUGCCGAUCCUGCUUUUGACAAGUCGCUUUCCCAAUCAUACGCAAACGGCGAUCUCGCUGCCCUCUCCUCCAGAUCUGCACCCAACCGCCAUGGGCCACAGUCUCCGUCCCAGUUCGAGUCGUAUCCCCAGUCGUCUGGCCUGCACAUUUACAAACGUAGCACCAGGCAACUCUUGCCUCUAAAGACUGGACUGAAUGUGCGCAUGCGUACACUCGUAACAAAUCAUGGACCCCAUAUCCAUCGCCGUCACUUGUCGCAACAAGCUUUCGCCGAGCUUGAAAGCACCCGACUCGUACUCAGCGUCGAGCUCGAGAAUCCUUUCGAUUCCGACGCCGCAUUCACCAUUCACAACAUUCAGAUCAAGGUGGGCAGCAGCCAAGCAGAUCAACAAGAAUCUCAUACUGUUGUCGCAAAACCGCUUCUACCUAUAGAUUCAGUAUUGCCCAUUCAGCUCACACGCGGCAGUCAGCGCAACAUGCUGUUUUACGUCUCUGUCGAGGCGGAUCACGCAAUGCGUGGUCGAAAGGACGAUGUCGCCUUUCUCCUCUCUGGCUCACGAAACGUCACUAUUACUGUCUCGGGUCGACCUCAAGGCGACCAAGAGCAGUUGGCCGACUUUGAUUCACAGUGGAACUGCGCCCUGGACCUUACUCCGGUUCUGUUUGAUGCUACGAAGAAGGACCUUAUUGCGAGCCCAGUGUCAACGAGCAGGCCGGACUAUCCACUUGCCGGUCCUGUGGCGGGUAGCUCGCAGUAUGCGGCGUCGUCGUUGCGAGCAGCAGCUCACAACCAUAAUCGCUUGAGCUACACUCAAGUAGCGCCGCCAAGAGCCGAGCUUACAGAAGACCUCCGUACACCCAGACCUGGGCAGUUAGGCAUGGGUUUUCCUCCACCCAUGCGAACUAGCUCCGCUAGACAUUUCUCUACGGCCACCGCCGCCUCUCCAGUUCAGCAUGCCUCUAGCGAACGCUGCUUGGACUCGCAAGAAGCCACAAGCUUCCUGCACAAGGCCAGAGCAAGGACUCUCAACCGUCAGUCGGCUUCGCAGCUCGAUGAAUCGAACCAGGUUGUUGCAGCCCCCCGCAUCAAGCCCUGGACAUCCCACUCGACCGCACUCAGAGAGUUCGCCGCAGGAGGGUUGGUGAUUCUUUCGACUGUUCGACAUGCCGGCGCAAAUAGCGCCGCUGGCAGAGACUCUGUAAAACGUGGCGGCGUCAAGUUUGAACCCAGUCUAGACGACGUUGGAGGUGCUCGAUCCUCUGUUUCAGCUGCGAAUAAGACGUUGCCUCCUAUCUCUAACGCGACAUCGACUGCAGAAGGACGAGCGGUGAGGUUUAAAACAGACGAUACUGUCAUUGUCGAUCUCACGUUUCUCUACAGUCCUGCCACCUUUAACGUCGCACAGAUUGCAGAUGCUAUCACCGACGUUACCCUGUCGUGGGCCCAAUCUACCAAAAGGCUUGCGACAAGCCAAGCAGCAAACAGAGAUACGAUCGACGUCAGCCCUGAUACCGCCAAGACUAGAUUGAUCGACGCUGAUUCGGCACGUCUCAAGUCAUCUGUGCUCCUCUCUCAGGCUCAAACCCUCAACGGUCUCAUUCCCACUCAAGACCAUCUUGCCUUGAGCGCCACAUUACUGCCUUCGCAGAGUAGAAGCAUCGAGCUCGCUCUCCGAUGCCUGUCGCCCGGAUACCAUGUCAUCCCGCCACUGCAGCUUGCGUUUCAUACCACCUCGGGAGGUCAGAGAAAGUACUUACUCGACGAUCUGGGUUCCGUCUACGUCACCCCUGCUGCUGUUCUGUGA